AUUAUUUUAUCAUUACCAACAAGAUGUCCACCCAAAGUCUCGACGCUCCUACUGGCCGAGCUGUUGGCGGAACCGAGAACAGCUGGUGCCGUGCGGUGCCCGGUGGCACCGGCAUUGCCGUCUUGGCCAUUCUUACUUCCAGAACCCCCGACGUUUCACGACUACGAAAUGCGCUUCACAAGCUACAAAACUCCCACCCCGUUCUUCGGUCUAGGCUCCAUUCCAGCCCUGCUUCCAACACUUUCUCCUUCGUCACGUCUCCUUCACCCAUCAUUCAAAUCAAAUCCUUCAACCAUUCCGCCACUUCCACCAUCCUCGAAAAUCUUUACGGCCAAGAAACCCGAAACGUUACACUUACACCCCUUCAUUUGAUUCUCGAACAUGAACUCAACCAAAAUUCUUGGAUUGGUUCAUUUAGCACCGAGAAUGACAUGUUUUUCGUCAGUGCUUACGCUUUUCCUGGUGCAAAGUGGGUGUUGGUGCUCCGCCUGCAUGCCGUCGCGUGCGACCGGACCACGGCGGUGUCGUUGCUACGAGAGUUGUUAACGUUGAUGGGUAACGAAGAAGAGGAAAUGGAAAUCAUGGUGAACAAAGGAGAGGUUAGUUCGGCGAUCGAAGAUCUUAUCCCCAAGGGGAAAGCUAAGAAAACUCUUUUGGCACGGGGAAUUGACAUGCUUGGCUACUCUGUUAAUUCCUUUAGGCUCACCAACUUAAAGUUCAAAGAUGCAAAAUCACCCAGAUCUACUCAAGUAGUGAGGUUUCUCAUCAACCCUGAUGACACUCGUAGAAUCUUGGCAGGUUGCAAGGCAAGAGGGAUUAAGCUGUGUGGAGCAUUAGCAGCAGCUGGCCUGAUUGCUGCACACAAUUCUAAAUGCUAUGCAGAUCAUCAAAAGAAGAAGUAUGGAGUUGUAACACUCACUGAUUGCCGCUCGAUUCUCGAACCUCCUCUCUCCGAUCACAAUUUCGGAUUUUACCACUCAGCUGUUCUAAACACGCAUGUCAUUAAAGGACGAGAGAAGCUUUGGGAGCUAGCACAUAAAAUCUACACCUUGUUUGAAAGCUAUAAGAAGUGCAACAGACACUUGUUGGACAUGGCAGACUUGAAUUUCUUGAUGUGCAGGGCCAUUGAAAACCCUGGCUUGACUUCCUCCUCAUCCUUGAGAACAUCUUUAAUAUCAGUGUUCGAAGACACCGUAAACGACGAUUCGAACGACCAGCAGAAGGUAGUUGGUGUAGAUGACUACAUGGGGUGCGCUUCAUGUCAUGGCAUCGCCCCUUCCAUUGCUGUUUUUGACACAAUCCGUAACGGACUGCUCGAUUGUGUCUGUGUUUAUCCUUCACCCUUGCAUUCGAGGGAGCAGAUGCAGGAGCUGGUUGAUGCUAUGAAGUGUAUUCUUGUGGAUGCAGGGAAGAAUCAUGGCGGUGAACCAAUUAAACCGUAGAGAAGGACGUAUUAAUGGGGAAUCUUUAAAGACUGAGAACCAAACAUGUCCCUCUACAAAUUGUUUACUUAGCUUCUUAAAUGGUAACUGGUUUGUCUUGUCCCACAUUUACAAUUACAAUGUUACCAUUUAUAGCAAUUAUAAUUAGUGGUGAUUGAAGAACAAUGUUACCUCC